UGUCUGUCUCUCUCUCUCUCUGUCUGUCUCUCUCUCUGUCCUUCCUCUCAACUUGCUUGCUCUCGUCACAACCACGCAAUUGGUCGGAUGGGGGAGGGGAGUGACAGCGACCAUGUCAGUCGGUCUCUACAGAACUUGGUCCCAUAAAAAGCGGAGCCGGUCGCGGAGCAGCUCAGACUUUCCCCGCUCAGGUGCGCCUUGCAGUCAGAGAUGCGCGUCAUGGAGCGCACUUUCCGGGAGCAGCUCUUCUUUCUGGUGCUGAGUCUGUCUGUCCUCAACGGAGACUGCAGGUACAUCGAGAACAACGAGAUCUCAAAAGAAGAAUUAUAUUCAUUUUUCAACUCGGAGCUCAAGAGAGAAAUACCUGAGGAACUGGUGUAUCGCCGACCUUUACGCUGUCUGGACAUGGUGGCAGUGGAGGGUCAGUUCACCUUCACGGCGGAGCGUCCUCAGCUCAGCUGCGCUGCUUUCUUCAUGGCAGAGCCCACCGAAGUGAUCACUGUGGACUAUGACAGCGUUGACAUCGACUGCAGGGGAGGGGACUUCAUCACGGUGUUUGACGGCUGGGUGAUGAAGGGAGAGAAGUUCCCCAGCUCGCAGGACCACCCGCUGCCACUGUACGAGCGCUACGUGGAUUACUGCGACUCAGGGUCGCUGAGGAGAAGCGUUCGUUCCUCUCAGAACGUGGCCAUGGUCUUCUUCCGCAUUCACAACGCCGGCAGCGGCUUCACCCUGACAGUCAGGAAGCACGUCAAUCCUUUCCCCUGUAAUGUCAUCUCUCAGUCACCAGAGGGCAGUUACACAAUGGUGAUCCCGCAGCAGCACAGGAACUGCAGCUUCUCCAUCAUAUACCCGGUGGAGAUCGACAUCUCUGAGUUCAGCCUGGGACACUUCAACCACCUUCCCAAGAGGUCCCUGCCCGGCUGUGCAGAAUCAGGAGAUUUUGUGCAGCUGCUGGGUGGAAACGGCAUCGACACUUCGAAGCUGCUGCCCAUCACCGACCUCUGCGUCUCCUUCACUGGACCCACUCACAUGAAGAUCGGCUGCGACAACACGGUGGUGAGGAUGGUGUCCAGCGGGAAGUUCGUCAGCCGAGUGUCUUUCAGCUACAGGCUACUGGACAGCCAGGAACUGCAGACGAUCAAACUGAACAACGUGGAGGAUUUCUGUUUCAAUAACUGAUCCCAGCAGGAUCAUUAAGUGACAAAUGUAUCAUUUGACUGCAGACAUUUUUAGAGUUAUUUUGUUAAAAUAAAACAAGAGAUCUACCUGCUCGCUCCCUUUUGAUCAGACAAAACGUCUUGAAUCCAAAGACAUGAACCUAAAAACAUGUGAAAAAUAAGAUAUAAACAUUAACAGUGAUGUCAUAAUAUUACAACCCCCCAAAUUUCACUUUUAGUUUGUUUUUUUAAAUGAUUUUUUUCCAUCUCUUUUCACUCAUUCUGGUCGUCGCUGAAUAAAGCUUGAUGAAGUGUCCUUUUGUGUUUGGUGGAACUGCUGUUGUUUUUAUUUAUGCUUUGUGUACAACGACUUGUGUAUUAAUUAAGAGGAGACUCCUGAUGCUGUCAGCAUUCUUGAAAAAGAAUGGCGCUAAAAUGAAUGUUACCUUCUGUUUAUUUGGCCGAGUCACUUCCUGUUACGGAUGACGCAGAGGGCCAAAGGUGGAGCGUUCCAUACGAUAAGUGUUCAUUGCCAUUGUGCAGUUAAAUUUGUAUAAAAACCUUUUUGUAAUAAAACUAUACUGCAUGAC